AUGGCGCUGUUCAUCCUCAACUUCAACAGGAUCAUGACUGGGGAGAGUAUCAGGUCUUUAAGCAGGAAUCAAGGAAAUCACACAGGUGAGAAGCCGAAUUCUUGUGAAACUUGUGGAAAAAGUUUCUCUAGAAAAAGUCAUUUGCUGCGGCACAUGAGAACUCACACAGGUGAGAAGCCAAAUUCUUGUGAAACUUGUGGAAAAAGUUUCUCUAGAAAAUGUCAUUUGUUGUGCCACAUGAGAAUUCACACAGGUGAGAAACCAUACUCUUGUCAAACAUGUGGGAAAAGUUUCAGUCGACGCAGUAGUUUUUCCCGCCACUUGAGAACUCACACAGGUGAGAAGCCACAUUCCUGUGAAACAUGUGGAAAAAGUUUCAUUUUAAAGGGUAAUUUGUUGAGCCACAUGAGAACUCACACUGGUGAGAAACCAUACUCCUGUGUUACGUAUGGAAAGAGUUUCAAUCACCGUAGUAGUUUGUUUAGCCACAUGAGAACUCACAUAUGA